AUGCAACGCCUCCCCUUUGGGAGGUUCGUCGCUGGUAUUAUCUUCUCCUGGGGCGUCAUAAUCUUCCUGCACUGCGUCGCAGUCAAAUACGGCGGCCUGAUUGUCCUCCGCCUUCUCCUCGGAGCCGUAGAGGCUGUCGUGGUGCCCGCCCUCGAAAUCACGAUCGGCAUGUUCUUCAACCGCAAGGAGCAAUCCUUUCUGCAACCCAUCUUAUGGAUCACUUGCGUCGGAGCUCCCAUCCCCGCCGGCUUCAUCUCCUACGGCCUCCUUUUCAGCAAAGGCCCCAUCCUUCCCUGGAAGCUCUUCAUGAUAGUCAUCGGCGGCUGGACCAUUCUGCUGUCCAUCUGGGUCUGGUUCGGCUAUCCCAGCAACCCAGCGGAGGCGAGAUUCCUCUCUACAGAGGAAAAGGUACACGUCGUUCGCCGUGUACAGUCCUCCCAUCAGAGCUCCAUCGAGCAGAAACAGUUCAAGCGGGCUCAGUUUAUCGAGGCUCUAAAAGACCCCGUGUCGUGGCUCUUUGCCCUACAGGCUUUCACCCUCAUGUACUGCAAUAAUCUGAACUAUGGGCAGCAGAACCUGCUGACUACCUCAAUUGGCGUGUCAGAGUUGGGAUCCACGCUUGUGGCUGCCGCCGGUGGGGGUUUCGGAACUGCGUUGUGUAUCGUGGCCACGCUCGCGUUGAAGUAUUUCCCGAAAUAUCUGGCGCUUCAUAGUGCUGUGUGGUGCCUUCUUGCGAUGGCCGGUGGCAUUGGCAUGGUAGCUACCGCGUGGUCCGAGAAACUGGCCCUCUUGGCGUGUAUGCUCCUGGCGCAGAAUACCUACAGUAUUACGUAUAUUAUUGCCCUGGGGUGGGCCACGUCUUCGGCGGCAGGGUAUACCAAGAAGCUUACCCGCAACGGCAUGUUCAUGGUGGGCUAUAGUGUGGGCAAUCUUGUGUCGCCGCAGAUUUGGGUCCCGAGUGCCGCGCCGAGGUAUUAUGGGGCGUGGGUGAGUAUGAUUGUUGUCAGUUGGUUUGGGACGCCGGCGAUUUUAGGCGUCGUGCAUUGGAUCUUGACGAGGAGAAAUAAGCAGCGGGCAGAGUGGGCGGCGGAGUUGAGUGAGGAUGAGAAGGAGGGGUGCGUGGAGCAGGUGGAUGAGAGUGGCCAGGUGGUGAGAAGGAAGGUGGAUCUGGCUAUGUUGGAUCUGACCGAUAUGGAGAAUCGGUUGUUUGUGUAUCCUGUUUGA